AUGGCUGAGCCGUCGGCCCCAGUACCCACUGCAAAAAUGGCGUCACUUAGCCGGGUUCGAGCUCUGACGAUGAUUUUCUUAACUGUCAGCGGUUGUUUGGUCACCUCGACAAGUGGCAAGGAAGGAGGGGUAGAGUCGGACACGGUUAUCAUCGGGCUCCGGUUGGAGGACACGGACGACAUUUCCUUUAUGGAUAGGGGCUACCUACGGGUGAGUGAACGGUCUCGUGUCAAAUUGAGGGUCUAUGGGCAAAACAUAAACAACGAGACCUGGUCCAAAAUUGCAUUUACGGAACACGAACAGAUCCGACAUGUCGAGGACAUCGACAGCUCGUCGGGGGACAACGGGAGUAAAGAGGAUACGUCUGCGCAUCCCUGCGGUAUCAGGACCUCGGAUAUAAUCAUCUUGCCCAACAUCAUUCUAAGUCGCAGAACGUCGGGAGUAGUUGAAAUAGAGGUCAAACCCCUGCGAAAAACCGAAAGGAGUAAAUCGUAUUACCUGUGCAUUGCCACCUCGACACCUGCCCACCACGCCGCCGGCCUGCACGACCCAUGGACCGAAAACACCUGGAUUUACCACGAUGGGGAUGAUACUAAAGUGAUAGUUGUGGAGGAGAAGAGGUUUCUGCUCCCCUUCUGGCUUCAAGUCAUCUUUAUUUCCAUGUUGCUGUGUCUGUCAGGCAUGUUCAGCGGGUUGAACUUGGGACUGAUGGCACUGGACCCAAUGGAGCUCCAAAUAGUCCAGAAUUGUGGCACGGAGAUGGAGAAGAAUUAUGCCAAAAAGAUAGAGCCGGUUAGGAGCCAAGGAAAUUACCUGCUUUGCUCACUUCUCCUAGGCAACGUGCUCGUGAAUACAACUCUAACUAUCUUAUUUGAUGAUAUUGCAGGGUCUGGGCUUAUAGCUGUGGUGAUGUCAACUAUUGGAAUUGUCAUCUUUGGAGAGAUUGUCCCUCAAGCCAUUUGCUCAAGACAUGGCCUUGCCGUUGGCGCCAACACCAUUUUCCUCACCAAGUUUUUCAUGCUGCUCACGUUCCCUGCAUCAUACCCAGUGAGCAAACUUCUAGAUUACCUUUUGGGCCAGGAGAUAGGCACCGUGUACAACCGUGAGAAGCUUUUGGAGAUGCUCCGAGUCACGGAUCCGUACAAUGAUCUGGUCAAAGAGGAGUUGAACAUCAUUCAGGGGGCUUUGGAACUACGGACUAAGACUGUGGAGGACGUGAUGACCCCGCUAAGAGAUUGUUUUAUGAUUCCAGGUGAUGCUAUCCUCGACUUCAACACCAUGUCCGAAAUUAUGGAGAGCGGCUACACGCGCAUCCCCGUGUUCGAGGGCGAGAGGUCCAACAUUGUGGAUCUAUUGUUCGUGAAGGACUUGGCGUUUGUCGACCCAGAUGAUUCUACACCGCUGAAAACCAUCACUAAGUUUUACAGCCAUCAGCUGCAUUUUGUGUUCAAUGACACCAGGCUGGAUGCCAUGCUGGAGGAGUUCAAGAAAGGUGAGAGGGGUUUCAUUUUUUUGGGCCGACUGUAUCCUGUCAAUCAAAUGAUCAUGCCAUUUCAAGCAAAAUAUAUGAUGACCGUUCCAUCAUGGCUUUAAUUUGGGAUGUAGCCUAUGGCCUAGGUAUUCAUUGCAAAUGUGAGAAUAAUGUUUAAUCAAAACACAGACAUAUUAUAUAAUAGCCUAACCUAGACAUACAAGUGUUGCUAUGCUUUAGUAGGUAGUCAAUUCACUGUAUUACAAAUCAGGUGGUAUUUGCCUCUGGGAACAACAGUGUCCCAGUUCCUUGACUGUAUGUAGAAUGUCACACAAUUGACGUAAUGAUAUCCAGAUCAGAUCCCCUUCUAUGAUAAUACUAUGACAUCAUAGAGAGCUCAAAGACCAUUUCCCUUUUGAAGAUGUUCACGUAAUGUGUGUAUUACUGUCUAAUAACAGAUUACUGUCAUUUAAAAUUUGACUGAGACACAUGAAUGACCUCACAGCACAGAUGGCCUGCUGUCCUUCAGGUGUCUCCUUAAUGCCCCAAGUGUUUCAAGUGAGUAAACAAAGAUGUUGAGCCAAACCAUGAAACCCGAUUUUCAGGAAAAAUAUGGAGUGUGGUGUUGCUCCAUCAUGAAGGAUGUCACAAAAAAUCUCAGAUAAAAGGAAAAAAAUAGGCGAGGUGAGGUGGGGAGGAAUGGCAUCCUAAAGUAGCUGGAUGCCAUUCCUUGUCAGAGAUGUAAGGGCGCAUUUGUUUUCACCUCUUGGGUCAUUUCCUGCAAAUAAAAGGUGGAGAGGGGGAAUGUUCAUUUUAUCUUUCACCAUCACUUCCAUUCCUCGUUAAUGUUCACACGGUUCCCCUCCCACUCUCUCUCUCUCUCUCUCUCUCUCUCUCUCUCUCUCUCUCUCUCUUGCUUCUCUCUCUCUCUCUCUCUCUCUCUCUCUCUCUCUCUCUCUCUCUCUCUCUCUCUCUCUCUCUCUCUCCACCCCUAUCUCCCUCUAUGGUUUGUGAAUUGCAUUAGGAAAUUCAUUCAUGGGAAUGGUACAAUCGCGUCAGUGCUAAGGUUAUCAGGUGGGGGCAUCUUGUUUGAGAACCUACUUAAAUCCCUCCUCUCCCUACUCUGUGUUGUGUGCAUUGCCUCUGAGUGAUGGCGGUGAUAACUCCCUUCGUCCAGCCCACUGGAAUGCAGUAG